AUGGGUUGUUUCUAACCUAAAAGAAUAAAUAAAAUAAUAGCAAUGCAAACUACUAAUAGAGAUUACAUCUUUACUUCCACUGCUGAUAUUCAUAAAAUAUUUUCUUUUGGAAAAGUCUUGGGAAUUGGUGCCUUUGGUAAGGUUCUGACAGCCAGAAGAAGAAAUAAUAAUGAUAAAUAAUUUGCCAUUAAAAUGAUUGAAAAAAAAACAGUCAAAGGAAGAGAAGCAAUGUUGGCAAAUGAAAUUUAUGUUCUAUAAAGACUUGAUCAUCCUAAUAUUAUUAAGUUUCAUGAAGUUUAUUAAAGUGAAUUAUUUUUUUACAUAUGUAUGGAUAAAUGUGGUGGAGGAGAACUUAUGGAAUCCAUACCAAAAAAUUAAAAAUCUUAUACAGAAUGUUAAGUUAGAGAUAUUAUGGUUAAAGUAUAAUAUUUUAAGAAUUGUUAGAUUAUUUCUGCAAUAGCUUACAUACAUGAUUAAGGAAUAAUACAUAGGGAUAUAAAACCAGAAAAUAUUUUAUUUACAGAUUGUGAUAUUAAUUCUGAGCCUAAAUUGAUAGAUUUUGGACUUUCUGUAAAAUAUGACUCAUUUAGUUACAAGUAUCUUUUUGGCAAAAUCAUAUUUAUAGUAAACUAAAGGCUGGAGUCGGUACUCCAAUUUAUUUGGCACCUGAAGUAAUUGAUGGUACUUAUGAUGAAAAAUGUGAUGUAUGGAGUCUUGGAAUUUUACUAUAUAAUAUGUUAGUCGGUUAUCCGCCAUUUUAUGGAAAAAAUCAAUAAGAACUUUAUGAUAAUAUUCGAUAUUCAAAUGUAUAAAAAUGUAAUGUAUAAGUUAGUUAAUGUUUGAUAAAAGGCAUUGGAGAAACAUUAGUGAUGAAGUAAAAGAUUUACUGAAACGAAUGUUAAAUAAAAAUUAGUUAUAGAGAUAUUCAUCAAAGGAAUGCUUAAAGCAUUCUUGGUUCUAAUUGCCAUUUAAUGAAGGUAUUCUUAGACCAUCUAGGAGAAGUACAGGAUUUUCUAACACAGCAUCAGAAGAUGAUUAAAGAACUCUAUAUUAAAUGUUGAAGACCUAUAGACUUGGAGCAAAAUUUAAAAGGGAAGUAAUGAAGGUGUUAGUAAAUUAAAUGAAUGAAAAAGAUCUAGCUAAACUUUAAACUAUAUUUAAAACUAUUGAUGUAAACAAUUCAGGUACAAUUACUAUUUAAGAAUUACAUCAUGCUUUAUAAUAAGAAGUAUGGAUUCUAUAUUUUUAUUAUAUAGGGUUCUUAAGCUACUUUAGAAGAAAUUGAAGAAAUCAUUUAAAAAAUAGGAUAUGAUAUUGAUGAAUUAGAUGAUAUUACUUUUUCAAUUUAAAAUAAAUUUAAUACUAAACCUGCUUCAAUUAAAUAUAGUGAUUUUUUAACUGCAUGUAUUGAUGAAAGAAGAGUUUUUACUAAAGAAAAGUUAUGGUCUAUAUUUAAAUAUUUUGAUACAAAAAAUGAAAAUUACUUAUCUAGAGAAGCAAUAAGAGAAUCCUUUGCUAGGCAUGGUCGUUCUGUAACUAAUGAAAUAAUUGAUUAAAUGUUUAUUGAAAUAGAUCCUGAAAAUGAAAAUAAAAUACAUUUUGAUGCUUUCUGUUAAAUGAUGGGAAUAGCUGGAGUUUAAGAAACUUUAGAAUUCAAAGAUGAAUCAAAAGAUACAUAAUAUAUCAUUCCAUCUAUUAAUUGA